AUGGAAUCGGAACUCGCAAGAAAUUUUCGAUGGGUCGACGACGUAUCCGAUUUUGAUACGUCAUUGAUCGCGCUCGAUUCGCCUAUAGGCUACAUCCUCAAAGUCGAUCUCGAGUAUCCGCAACAUGUUCACGAUGCGCACACUGAUCUACCGUUAUGCCCGACACGCGACAAACCACUUGGUAAGCGGCAGGAUAUGCUGCUCACAAUCUUAUAUGAUAAGAAGCAUUACUUUUUGCAAUCUUCAUGGCUUCGCAGUUAUAUUGAACUCAAUACACAAUUCCGAACACUUGCGAAAAAUGAUUUUGAAAAAAAUUUAUAUAAAUUAAUGAAUAAUGCGGUAUUUGGCAAAACGAUGGAAAAUGUGCGCAAUCACGUUAAUAUUAAGCUCGUGACACAUUGGGAUGGAAGAUAUGGCGCAGAGGCGAUGAUCGCAAAACCAAAUUUUCAUAGUAGAAGCGUGUUCUCGGAGAAUCUGAUCGCCGUUGAAUUGCGCAAUCUCGAGGUGAAAUUUAAUAAACCAAUCUACGUGGGUAUGUAUAUACUCGACAUAUCUAAGACAUGUUUGUACGAGUUUCACCACGAUUAUAUGGUACCUAUGUAUCGAGAGAAAUGUAAAGUCAUGUACACCGACACCGACAGUCUCAUAUAUCACAUAGAGUGUGACGAUGUAUAUGAGAAUAUAAAGCGCAACGUCGACAGAUUCGAUACCAGCGAUUAUGCGAUGGACAAUGUGUACGGUAUACCGCUUGCGAAUAAAAAGAUACCGGGUUUAAUGAAGGAUGAAAAUAAUGGCGCCAUCAUGACCGAAUUCGUCGGGCUUAGGGCAAAAAUGUACGCGUUGCAAGUAGAUGGUAAGAAAGACACAAAAAAAGUAAAAUUCGUCAAGAGUAACGUCGUCGCGAGAACGAUAACGUUCGACAAUUACACGCGGUGUUUGAACGAAGAGAUUGAAAAGACGCGUCAGCAAUCUUGUAUAAGAUCUGAAUUACACGAAGUAUACACCAUCCGCGAGACAAAAAUUGCAAUAAGUCCGUACGAUGACAAGCGGUAUAUCGUACCCGAAACCAUCGACACGCUACCGUGGGGACAUUAUAAAAUACCGUUGUAA